UGGGUUAGCGGAGUCUGUAACCUGAAGCGUAUGUAACCCGAGGUACCACUGUACUUGUUAGAUCUCUCCAGUGUUUUGCUAUGGAUAAUCGUUCCACCAUUAGCAAAUGUCCCACCAAAGCCUUACUCAACCUCUCCAUAUUCCAGUCAUAUAAUGAUUCCUUAAGGAUGACUGGGGCAGAGUCCUGGCAUGAUGCAGUUUUGGCAGCGAGCUCUGUCCACCUCAGCAAUGGCUUAUUGAAUCUUAAUAUAGUCCGUUCGUCCAUCUGAAAGAUAAAACCUUUAAUCCCACAAUGCCAGAUCUAUGUAACAGCUAAGUAUUAGAUAUCUGGGUCAUGUGCGCAUAGCAGAUUCCAUGCCCUUGGACCACCUAUGUAGCAGGGUGAGCAUUCCUGUACACAGUUUCCCAAUUAGACACCCCCUUCCAUCAGAGUAGGAAGUCAGGUGUGCAAGCUUCCUGUCCCACACUGAUGGUCCUGUGGUCUCUUGCGGAGGACAAGGCAUGACCUGAUUUAUCUUGCAUUUUGUGUGUUUCUUGGGGGGAUCAGUUGUCUGCUCAAGAAAUCAGAGUGCAUUUGUUCAAAUCCUGACAUGAAGGUGUUUACUAACAAAACUCUCUUGUUCCUACUGUUAUUACAUGCCUUUUAUUUAAACUUAGGUUCACUAGAAAGGAACCAGUAUAAAAAAAGUAUAUAGCACCCAUUCAAGGGUGCUUCACCCACCGUGCAAGUAGAUUGUGCCCUGUUAAUUUAUGUACAAAGCACUGCUUUAUUAUUUCAGUGCUGCAACUUUACUGCUGAUUUUUAUGACUGUUUAUUGUUAUGAUGGUUUAAUGCUGAUUUUUAUUAUGUGGUUUUAUUGAUAGUUCUGCAUUUGGGUUUCUACAGUGGCUUUCUAUUUCGGAUAUGGUUGGAAGGCACAUUAUAAAUGAUGCAUAGUGUGCAAGCAUAUUUAAAUGCAAGGUGCUUCUGUGCCACAAGUGUAGAACAGUUUCGUUCCCAUUUUCCCUGCCACUGCUCCUACACACAGGAGCUUGAGGAAUGUAAGGAAGGGACUGGGAAUCUGUAACAAAAGCAAUCUGAGCAUCUGCAUGAUUCCAAGGGUUCUUUCAGGGAAUCGAUUGCAUUUAAACCAAUUUCGAAGUGGAUUCAACUCAGUUGUCUAUUGUAUAAAUAGACCUAUUGCUAUUGCCUUAUGGGCUGUAUGAGAUUACAUUCAGCAGCAGAAAAGUCUUAAUAGGCUAGAUACACAGCUGAACUUCAGGUAUGAUCAGCAAAAGCAUGCAGAUAUGUGUCCCUGGAACUUUCUUCCAAAGGAGAUCUGGUUUUUCAGAAACGGUGCAUGAUGUUUCUACUCUAGCUGAAGUAAAAGGCAGGGAGCAGCCUCUUGAAGCCAAGCAGGUAACCGGUUAUUUCCUGUAUCCUAUUUGACAUCUUUGUGUUAUAUCUAAGCACUCUGUCAAACACACACACACACAAUCUGUUCUUGCAGCAGCUUUGUAACACCAUCACAAGUACUACCUGAGCGUCACCCCAGCAGAGAAUUAACAGUUCCCAUCUUAGCUUGGAUUAUUAUGAUUAAUGUUGACCCAAGUCUAAAUUGUGCUGACAUCAAUAACACAGGGCUUACCUGUGGUGGUUUUUUUUUAUAAAAGGAACAGUGCUAGCUUAGUUUGGAACAGUCCAGCUAAUGUAAGAAGGAGAUUUAUAGAGAAAUACAGAGAUCUAUACUUGUUGAAGAAGCCAAAUACCUACAAAGCUGCCACCAUGAAUGGAACAGAAGGUGAAAAUUUCUAUGUCCCCAUGUCCAACAAGACCGGCGUUGUUCGGAAUCCGUAUGAGUAUCCUCAGUACUAUUUGGCAGAACCAUGGAAGUUCUCUGCCUUGGCUGCCUACAUGUUUCUUCUGAUUCUUCUGGGAUUCCCAAUCAACUUUCUGACUCUCUUUGUCACAGUCCAGCACAAGAAACUCAGAACUCCUCUGAACUACAUCCUUUUAAAUUUGGCCAUAGCCAAUCUCUUCAUGGUCUUAAUAGGCUUCACCACUACCAUGUACACAUCUAUGAAUGGAUAUUUCAUUUUUGGAACGGUAGGAUGCAACAUUGAAGGCUUCUUUGCUACAAUGGGCGGUGAGAUAGCCCUGUGGUCUCUGGUCGUCCUGGCUGUUGAAAGAUAUGUGGUGGUCUGCAAGCCCAUGAGCAAUUUCCGCUUUAGUGGGACCCAUGCCAUCAUAGGGGUGAGUUUCACUUGGAUCAUGGCCUUGGCAUGCGCUGGUCCUCCUCUCUUUGGAUGGUCAAGGUAUAUCCCAGAAGGUAUGCAGUGCUCGUGUGGAGUUGAUUAUUAUACACCGAACCCGCAAGUUCACAAUGAAUCCUUUGUCAUCUACAUGUUUCUGGUGCACUUUGUCACACCAUUGACUAUUAUAUUCUUCUGCUACGGUCGCCUGGUCUGCACUGUUAAACAGGCAGCGGCUCAGCAGCAGGAGUCUGCCACCACCCAGAAAGCUGAGAAAGAAGUCACCCGCAUGGUCGUCAUCAUGGUCAUUUCCUUCCUUGUUUGCUGGGUGCCCUACGCCAGUGUUGCUUUCUACAUCUUCACUCACCAAGGGUCAGACUUCGGCCCUGUAUUUAUGACCAUCCCGGCCUUCUUUGCCAAGAGCUCUGCUAUCUACAACCCGGUGAUUUACAUCUUAAUGAACAGACAGUUCCGUAACUGUAUGAUCAGCACCCUCUGUUGUGGAAAGAAUCCGUUGGCUGAGGAGGACACGUCUGCAGGCACUAAGACUGAGACUUCCACCAUCUCCACAAGCCAGGUUUCCCCUUCAUAGAUCUACCAAGGAAACCUUGGGCUUCAGACUGUUUCAUUUGCAUGACCGCAUUCUUUUCACCCCUGCCGUCUCUGUCACUCUCUGCAGCAUGCCACCUGCAAUUCACCUGGCAGGGCAGAAUGGACUCUUCAUUUUCUGACA